AUGUUGGAGAUCCAGCUGGACGACGGCGGCGUGGGGGGCUGCUACCCGGGCGACGACUACUGCUCGGGCUCGGUGAUGUCGGAGCGCGUCUCGGGCCUGGCCAACAGCAUCUACCGCGAGUUCGAGCGCCUGAUCCACUGCUACGACGAGGAGGUGGUCAAGGAGCUGAUGCCGCUGGUGGUGACGGUGCUGGAGAACCUCGACUCGGUGCUGACCGACAACCAGGAGCACGAGGUGGAGCUGGAGCUGCUGCGCGAGGACAACGAGCAGCUCCUCACCCAGUACGAGCGGGAGAAGGCGCUGCGCAAGCAGGCCGAGGAGAAAUUCAUUGAAUUUGAAGAUGCACUGGAACAGGAGAAGAAGGACCUGCAGAUACAGGUGGAACACCUUGAAUUUCAAACACGGCAGCUGGAGCUGAAGGCCAAAAAUUACGCAGACCAGAUUUCCCGGUUGGAAGAGCGUGAAUCAGAGAUGAAGAAAGAAUACAAUGCCCUUCAUCAGCGCCAUACGGAGAUGAUCCAGACUUACGUGGAACACAUUGAACGAUCCAAGAUGCAGCAGGUGGCAGGAAACAGUCAAAACGAGGGUGGUCUGCCCGGGAGAAGUAGAAAAGACCGCCCUAAUUCUCUGAACAUCCCCCUCGCAGAUGGCAUGGUACGUGGGCAGGUGGGGGCAAAGGUCGCCCCCACAGUGGACCACUGGCACCUGACUGACCUCGGCCAGCUGCAGUCCCACUCCAGCUACAAGUGCCCAACUGAGCAAAUGUCUGAAUCAGGACAGUCCUCUGCAGCGGCUACACCGAGCACCACUGGAACAAAAUCCAACACACCCACUUCAUCUGUACCCUCUGCUGCCGUCACUCCUUUGAACGAGAGCCUUCCGCCCAUGAACGAUUACAGUAUCACAGCCAAGAAUAACAAGCGGUCUCGAGAGAAGCGGAACAGUCGGAAUAUGGAAGUCCAGGUCACCCAGGAGAUGAGGAACGUCUGCAUAGGAAUGGGAAGUAGUGAUGAAGGGUCAGAUUUUCAAGACAUUGAUUCAACUCCAGAGCUGGACAUGUGUCAAGAUCCUAGGCUGGAGCGCACUGGAAACAGCCCUACGCAAGGGAUUGUCAACAAAGCCUUUGGCAUCAACACGGAUUCGCUGUACACGGAACUUACCGAGGUGGGCUCUGAAGCCAUCGGUGAUGUGGACGAAGGAGCAGAUCUGUUAGGGGAGUUUUCAGUACGGGAUGAUUUCUUUGGAAUGGGCAAGGAAGUGGGGAAUCUUCUCUUGGAGAAUACGCAGCUCCUGGAAACAAAAAAUGCUUUGAAUAUAGUGAAGAAUGACUUAAUUGCGAAAGUCGAUCAGCUCACAGGGGAGCAGGAGGUGCUGAAAGGAGAGCUUGAAGCAGCAAAGCAGGCAAAAGCCAAAAUGGAAGCCAGGAUCAAGGAACUGGAGGAGGAGCUGAAAAGAGUAAAAUCAGAAGUGAUCGUUGCCCGACGAGAGCCCAAAGAAGAGGUGGAGGAUGUAAGCAGCUAUCUCUGUACAGAAUUGGACAACAUUCCCAUUGCUCAGAGGCGCCGCUUCACCCGCGUGGAGAUGGCCCGAGUCUUGAUGGAACGCAAUCAAUACAAAGAGAGAUUGAUGGAGCUGCAGGAGGCCGUCAGGUGGACAGAGAUGAUCAGAGCCUCCCGGGAGCAUCCUUCAGUCCAGGAGAAGAAGAAAUCGACCAUUUGGCAAUUCUUCAGCCGCCUGUUCAGUUCUUCCUCCAGCCCUCCACCUGCAAAGAGGAGCUACCCAUCAGUGAACAUUCAUUACAAAUCUCCCACGGCGGCUGGGUUCAGCCAGCGCCGCAGUCACACCAUGUGCCAGAUCUCAGCCGGGAACCGCACCCUUGAGUUCUUCCCAGAAGAUGACUGUACGUCAUCCGCACGUCGCGAGCAAAAGCGCGAGCAGUACCGCCAGGUCCGGGAACAUGUGCGGAAUGAUGACGGUCGCUUGCAGGCUUGCGGGUGGAGUCUGCCCGCCAAGUACAAGCAGCUGAGUCCCAACGGUGGUCAGGAAGAUAACCGUAUGAAAAACGUCCCAGUGCCUGUCUACUGCCGACCUCUGGUGGAGAAGGACCCAACCAUGAAGUUGUGGUGUGCAGCAGGAGUCAACCUGACAGGCUGGAAGCCUGUGGAACAAGAGACUGGAAAUGGACAAAAGCCAGAUCCAGGAUGCGAUCCACUAACCUGUGACCGCGAAGUGGAAGGAGAGAGUGGCAAGAGCAACCACCCAUCCCCGGAAAAGAAAAAGGCCAAAGAAUUGCAUGAGAUGGAUGCCACAUCCAGCCGGGUGUGGAUCGUAACGAGCACCUUGUCCACGAGCAAAAUCGUGAUUGUUGAUGCCAACCAACCGGGCACGGUCGUGGAUCAUUUUACCGUCUGCAACGCCCACGUCCUUUGCAUCUCCAGCAUACCAGCGGCUUGUGAAAGUGACUAUCCUCCUGGAGAAAUCUUUCUGGAAGGGGAUUUGAAUCCUGAAGAGUCCUCAGGGGCAGACAGCGUUCUGGCAGGCAUCACUCUGGUGGGCUGUGCAACCCGGUGCAACGUUCCUAGUAGCAAUUGCUCUUCUCGAGGAGAUACGCCUGUGCUGGAUAAAGGGCAGAGUGAGGUGCCUGUGGUGAGCAAUGGAAAGAUCAACCAGUCUCAGUCCACGGAGGAGGCAACAGAAGCCACGGAGGUGCCCGAGAACGGCACAAAUGAAAUGGAGUCAGCCCAAAUGCGACCCGGUCCGCUUACAGAACAUGUCUUUACAGAUCCCACCCCAGUCCCAGCACCUGUAAGACAGAGCAGGUAAGAAAAUGCUCCAAGGAUGGAGUCGAGCACGGUGGCCCAGGACCAAGAGGCAAACGGCAAUGCAGCCGGCACUACCACAAGUGCUGCCCCCACCAUGUGGCUUGGGGCCCAGAAUGGCUGGUUGUAUGUCCACUCAGCGGUCUCUAAUUGGAAGAAAUGUUUACACUCGAUAAAGCUGAAGGACUCGGUGCUGAGCUUGGUGCACGUGAAAGGACGGGUGCUCGUGGCCUUGGCUGAUGGAACACUCGCUAUAUUCCACCGAGGAGAGGAUGGCCAGUGGGAUCUCAGCAACUACCACCUCAUGGACCUUGGCCACACACACCACUCCAUACGCUGCAUGGCCGUGGUGUACGACAGGGUGUGGUGUGGGUACAAGAACAAAAUCCACGUCAUCCAGCCCAAGACGAUGCAAAUUGAGAAGUCCUUUGAUGCUCAUCCUCGCCGGGAGAGCCAGGUCCGGCAGCUGGCUUGGAUCGGGGAUGGCGUUUGGGUUUCCAUCCGGCUGGACUCAACACUGAGGCUGUAUCACGCUCACACUCAUCAGCAUCUCCAAGAUGUCGACAUUGAACCCUAUGUCAGCAAAAUGUUAGGGACCGGGAAGCUGGGUUUCUCAUUUGUGAGGAUCACGGCUUUGCUCAUCGCUGGCAACCGUCUGUGGGUAGGGACGGGCAAUGGAGUCGUCAUUUCCAUCCCUUUGACAGAGACUGUAGUGCUCCACAGAGGUCAGCUUCUUGGGCUCAGGGCCAAUAAGACCUCUCCCACAUCUGGGGAAGGGAGCCGCCCUGGGGGCAUCAUCCACGUCUAUGGCAGCGACGAUGGGACUGACAAAUCUGCGAGCAGCUUCAUCCCCUACUGCUCCAUGGCCCAGGCCCAGCUAUGCUUCCACGGCCAUCGUGACGCAGUCAAGUUCUUCGUCUCUGUGCCUGGUAAUGUUCUCGCAACGCUGAACGGGAGCGUAUUGGACAGCCCUUCUGAGAACCCCGGCACGGCCACCAUUGAGACAGAAGGGCAGAAGCUGAAAAAUGUCCUGGUGCUGAGCGGAGGAGAAGGUUAUAUUGACUUCCGGAUUGGGGACGGAGAAGAUGAUGAGACAGAGGAGAAUGCAGGAGACGUCGCCCAAGUCAAGCCCAUUCUCUCCAAGGCUGAACGGAGCCACAUCAUCGUGUGGCAGGUCUCCUACAUCCCUGAGUGA